AUGGCGCUUUGCCGGACGCUGUGCUCAGCGGUUUUGCUGCAUGUUUGGACGGUGGCGUCCCAAAGUGGCGCGUUCACCGAAUCUUAUACGGAUGAUGCCACACGGCUUCGGACCGAUCUCUUGCGCAACUAUGAUUCAGUUGUCCCUCCUCGCAGCAAGCGGGCCGUGGAGUAUAGCAAGGCUGGAACUGACGUGGCUAUGGAGAUCCGCAUUUUCAAGGUGCAAGGAGUUGAUGCAUCAGUUGGGCAGAUGCGCCUCAAGGUUUGGGUACGCAUGUCGUGGUACGACACCCGCCUCAGCUGGGACCCGGCCGCAUAUGGCAACAUCACAUCAACACAUUUCCGUGGAAUGCAUGCGACCAAUGCCGAAAACUCAGAAAUCUGGUUGCCUGACGUGCAGCUGUACAAUGCCAAUGUCGGCAAUGAGUUCUCUUUGGACAAUGCGUUAGCUGUGGCGUAUUCCGAUGGAUCCGUGUUUUGGAGUCGCCCCGGGCUGCUAGACACGCUGUGCAAGUUCUCUGGCUUGGUGGCUUUCCCUCACGAUGUGCUGAAGUGCUCGAUGGAAUGGGGGGGCUGGACAUAUUCAGGUGGCUAUCAAGGCAUUAAUCUCAGCGGCAAAGGAUACUCGGAGGCAACCACCGAGGACACUGCUGGAUCCUCAUAUCAGGAGUACAGCAUUGAAGGGGUCGAGGUCGAAACCAAAACUAAUUUUUACGAUGCGUACCCGAGUGAACCAUGGACCUUGGUGAAAUACACAGUGAAGUUGGGCAGAGCUUCAUUUUAUUAUUCUCUGUUGAUUAUAUUUCCUACGACGCUCAUUACCUAUCUCUCCUUCGGUGUGUUCUUCAUGUCCCAUGAGGUUGGCGAGCGUCUCUCCUUCGGGAUCACGCUGCUGCUCGUUAUCGAGGUGAUGAAGACAACAGGCGCUUCCUUUGUCCCAGUCUGUGGCGAGCUGCUUUGGAUAGAUCUUUUCAUGCUGGUGAACACCGUGUUUUGUUGUGCCAGCUUGGUCGAGACCAUGCUGGUUCUGUUCUUUGCCUUUCACAUUGACCAGCACUUCCUUCCGAAGUGGCUUGCUUGGGCAGCACCGUGGUGCCUUUGCAGGCCAGACCCUAAUCUGCUGGUGGAAUCAAACGCUGGCCGCAUCUACCGCGAGCUACGCCAUUCAGAGCACAAAUUGACGGCGAGCAAUACGUUCAUUCAGAAGGGCGCCAAGAUCCAAGAGCUCAGCCAGUCAAACCUUUCUGCGACAGAUACGGAGAAGCUGAUUUUCUUCGAAAAUCUUUUCUACCUGCUGGAUUCAGACUCCAAUGGGCUCAUCACUGUGGAGGAUGCUGCCUGUAUGUUGAGCUUUGUGAAUUUGGGCCUGUCACGUGUCGUUCUCGAAGAGAUCCUCCUGUCUGCCUGGGAUCCAAAGCAACUGUUUGACUGCCGGGACUUUCUGGAGAUCUGCGUGGAGCUCAUGUGGACCACCCCGUUUACAGAAAUCAAGUUGGGUACGGAGAACUACAUCAGUUCGCAGAAGCUGAGACCUAAAUCUGAGUGA